CUGGAACAGAUGCUUUGGAAUCCUCUAAGGACCUGAACGAGCGCUGCUGAAUUUAGGACCAUACGUGAAGCAGUAGACAGGUUUUCACAAAUCCAUAAAAGUGACACUGGAUUUAUUGAAAAUUGAGGCUCUCAAGGUUUUUUUUCGCUGCGGCAUUUUCGAAAAGUCGGCUUUUACCCGUGGUUUUAACUUCUGACAGAUACAUCUUACAGAGUAUGCAGCGAAUUUCUCGUCUACCUGAGCGGUUCAAAGUAGUUCUAAAAGAUCCCAUGAAUUUUCUGAAGCCUUUUUCUAUUGGAUGUAUUCGCAUGUAUCCUGGUGAUGAAUAUGGUCGAGGUGCAGGCAAGGGUGGCGGUGGUGGUGGUUCUAUUCGCGAAGCUGGGGGCGCAUUUGGUAAACUAGAAGCCCGUAAUGAAGAGGAGUACUUCUAUCGACUACAACAACAGCAAUUACGUGCUCUAAAGAAGCAUCUAGAAGAGGAACAUGAACGGGAAAAGAAUGAAAUCAAGCGACUUGAAGUGAGUUUAGUCAGAUGUUUUGACUGUUUUUCGUAAUAAAUAACUUUUCGUUCAUUCCUCAAUGGUUUAAGGAGAGUCAUUCUUGCUACAAGACAGUAAUUGAGUGCUAUAAACAAACAAACCCUCUGUACUCUCAAAACAAUGGUGCUUACAAGUCUGAGAACCAUGCAUUGAGUUAGCAGGUAGUUUUCACCAUAGAUGUUGCUUUUUUCGCUACAUAACCAGUCUUUAUCAGGCCUUUAAUUAUUUCUAGAGUAAAAUUUUCCUGAAAUUUCUUUACAGAUUCUGAGUGAUUGGAUGUCUGAUUUCCUUUAUUGCUCAAAAGUUCCUGAUUUACGAUAAAGUGACCGUCCACUGGACUUGAAAAUAACAUAUUUCAGAUCUUUAUGUAGUUGUGAAUGAGGGUCUAUUAUAUGUUUGUGAUCGUUUCGUCAGACUAAGCAGUUUUAGUCAGCAAUAACUCGACAAAUAUGUUGAGCAUGUAUAAAUUUUUUCUGACUCCCUAAACUAGUAUUUCUUGACUUUAAGAUGACAUUCAAUUCCUUCAAUUGUAAGCAAUUAUGGCAGUAUCUCAUUGAAACGGGUAUCUGCUAAGUACAUCAGUUUGCUAAAGCCUCUUCACUCAAUCCCCCUUGGGUGCUUUAGAGUCUACCAUGAAGUAAUAUGUUUGUUGUCUAGGUCAGUUGGUGUUUGUGAAGGAUUUCCACUUUCAGUUUUUAUUUAGUUUUAUCAUAGAUCUGUUCAUGUAGGUCUCUCCUCCUCCUCUCUCUCUCUCCCUCUCUGUCUCUCUCUCUCCUUUUCUGACCUGACAGAGAUUGUUCUCGUAGCUGGAGGAUUCCGUAAUCGACCUAGAAUACGUAGAAGUGUGAUAAACCUUCACAUAGAUGUAACCCAGUACACAAACUUUUGUCAUUUGUGUUCAUCAAAUUUUUUUUUCAGCAUUCUUUUGUAGUCCGUAAGCCAACAACACAUUGUAGGACUUUUUCAUCGUGUGAACAUAUACGGCGAUAAAAUGUGUGUAAUUGUUCCUUAUAUUGCUAGUAUAUAUAUUACUGAAUUCAAUGAGUAGUCUGGUAGUUAGGGUAAUCAACUUAGUUUAGUUGGUACUCUUCGAAGUUGAUCUUAUCACUUUCAUUUUAUCUGAUGUUCUUUUAGAAUUAGCACAAAAUUCGAGCAAAGUAUUUGUGUUGUUGUUGUUGUUGUUGUGCAUGUUUCCCUUAAACCACCAACAAGUACAUGGUAUUGUAUCACUAUAUGUUCAGUUCACUAAAUGAAUUAGCGAUUCUCUCUUUAUUUUAGACAAAGAUUUCUCUUUUAUGUUUAUUUCAAUAAGAUUUUUAUGCUUUCUGUUGAACUGUUACAAGUUAUUAAAGCAGAUUUUAAGUCGUCAUGUUCGAUUGCCAAACCUUUUUUGAUGAAUCAGCCACUGUAACUAAUAAUAUUCAACUAUGUUAUGUACAAAUGAUCUAACCUUAUUGGCGUAUAUUUCAUUAAAAAAUAUGAACAUUUCAUCUGCCUCAAUUAGACUUACAUCAUCAGUCCUGUGAAAAUGAAUAAUCACUAAGAUCAGUUGAACUGUUUCUCAAGGUGGUUUACUCAUUUCAUAGUAAUGAAGACGAUUCAAUGAUUCAUUCUUUUUGGUUAUUGUUUUAUUGACCAAAAGCUUUCUUUAGCUAUUCUCCUCUUUGAGUUUCAAUAUUUUCUCACUAUUACUAACCAUUUAUAAUUUCCUAAUCUCUUUGAAUUUAGCCUUCUACUGCUACUCAAACUCUAUUUCAACUGAUACCCUUCAAUGUUGUGUUUCAAGUUUUCUGGAAUUGUUUAUUUCAUAUCAGGUUCUGAAUCAGUUAGCCUAUUUCAACGGCUUUUCUAAACUGUUGGUGAUAAAUAUGAGAUACUGGAUACGCCUUUUUAUGAUUGUAGAGCUAAUGCCGCCGUGAAAGCAUACUUUCAUUCGUUCACCUGCAGACUGAACAUGAAGCAAUAGUCUAGUUGUAUUUAUGUAUGUGAUAUGUUUAGUGAGUCACCUAGAUGCGUAUGCUGUAACCCAGGCUUGAAACUGACCAACAUUCUCUUAUCCUGUUUGUGUGUGUGUAACGGAUUAUGACUCAUUAUAAAAACUCUUCUGGAAUGUACCAAUAAUCUUCAGUUUAUCAGUCUGUUUGCUUGAAGUAAAAAUGAAGAUAUUCUAUUUCUCCAGUGAAUGAGACAGUGUAUGGACAGCGACAACUCGACGUAGAACUUGGUACAGAAGUGAACUAGCUUAAGUUACCAUACUUCAAAGCAAAAUGCAAAGAAGGAGAUAGAAAAAGAAUAACAGUAAAGUUGAAAAAAUGUAUGAGUUAGUGAAAAUACUGAAACUUGGACAGAAGUUGAAGAGUAAAUAGAUCUGCACCAUUGUGACUAAUUUUCAGCCAAAUGACCAAGAAUGUCCAACCAUUGAUAUCUAUUAUCUCGGAAACCGGAGCCAGACUAUCUACACUAUAUAUGGCUCACACCAGUAGUCAGAGACUUCAUGAACUAGUAGUACGUAAUAGUCUCCCAACCGUGAGGCUUCUUACAUCCCAUUCCUACUUGGUACCAUUAUUCCUCAUAAUAGGUGGUUGUUGGUUAUGUGUAACACAUAUUCAAGUCACCUCAGUUUAUGAAAGUUCACAGCUUCAUUGGUCGAUUUGCCUUCCUUGCUUAAUACCCUCCCCCAAACUUUGACAUUAUUCAUACAGUGACUCCACCAUACGACGGACAAACAAAAUCAACGUAAAACCUCGCAGACAAGUGCAUUGCCCCAAGGUGCCGUGCUUUACAGUAGUAUACAAACAACAGAGGGAUAGAAAAAAUGAUAUCAAGGUGGGCAAGAUUGUAUGAGCAAAUAGACAAUCUGAAGAUAACGGUUAGUGCAAAUAUUCAAGGCUUAGAAGAUAUCAAGGGGUAAAUACAUCUGCGCCAUCGUGACCGAUGUCCAACCACGUCACCAAGAGUCCGGAACCACUGGUUUCAGCCAGACCGUCUACAUCUCUGUGCACGUCUCAGACCAACAGUUAUAGACUUAUUGAGCUUGCAUGUCGUCUUGGUCUGGCCACUCUGAACCCUGUUUUAACCUAAUACAACUCCUAGCAGUGCACUUCGGGGUGGAGAAUGGCACUGGGUAAUUAUUUCGUCUUAUUCUGGGACUUGUGAAUGACACACGGUCAUAAAGUGUCUCACAGAAACGAAUUUUAUAACGUCAGAAAGGGCACAAGCAAUUUUGACUUUUGGGGUUAGAUGCAUGCCAUCGGGAAACAACAUUGUAUACCAUGUGGGUUUUCUUAGUACAAAGUUGGACCCAUUGUGCCCGAUAAACAACUUGAGUGAAUGCCAAAUAAAGCAUUAUUAUUGUGUGUCACUGGAAAACCUUAUAAUAACAGAAAACAUCUGGUGCAACUGGGGGUUCACUCCUUUUACCAUCUGGGUUUCAACAAUUAGGUCAGAAAUUUAGACACCACUUCAUCUAUUACAAUUUGAUCAGUCAAGUUGUAUCUGUAACUCUGAAACAGUAGUUCAUCAUUGUGGUAUGUUUAUUCAUUGUAUUUUUCUGUAGAUAUUGUUAGUUAUAAAUUGCUUUUUCUAGUAAUUGAAAAUUUCCGAUUUCCCCCUAUCUCUUGUCAUUUAGGAAUCACUUAAACGUCGAAAGAAAUUAUUAGCUGAUCUUGAAAAGAAAGAUUAAACACGGAUCGUUCCUCUGCACAUUUCGUUAAUUCUUGUAGAUGAUGAUAAGUUUAGGUGUAAAAACAAAUUAGUUUUCUUAUCAUCAUAUGAGAUACCUUUUUUUUUUACUGACCAGUCUGUUGUUGUCUGACCUCCCUUACCGUUAAAUUAUGUCAGUAAAUAUUACAGUGUUCGUUUUU